AUGUCGCGCACUCAUCAGCACUCUAUUCGGUCUUUUUUCCAGCCUCGUCGUCCAUCUGAGCUUGGUGCCCCUCCAUCAAGUUCACUGGUUGCCCCGCCACCAAAACCCAACAACGAAGUGAUGGGCUCCCCAACAACACCAUCACCACCACUGCCGCCUCCACCAACAUCUCCUCGGCCUAAUUUAGCUCAGUACCAACAUCCAGCCUCUCCUAAGCUUCCAGCCUCGCUUUUUCCCGUGAGCCUCGAAGCAGCCGGCGUGCCCGUCCUUCCCUCCCCACCAUCAAUUCCGUCGCAAGCAACAAUUGUGCCCGUUGCCGAGCAGCACAUUUCCGCUCUGCGUCGCAUUAACUCGCUGCUACUACCCGUUUCCUACCCUGAUUCUUUCUACGCUAAGGCUCUGGAACCCCUCGCCUCGGGCCUGUUCUCGCGCGCUAUUCUAUGGCAAGACGACAAUGGCGCCGCCUCCGAGCCCAAAGUCAUUGGCGGUGUAAUCUGCCGGCUCGAGCCUAACCCAUUCUUUGACGAGAGCGGACAGCCGCAGGCGCCACUUCCACCGUCUCGACAGCUUCCUACCCAAGGGGCUCCGUCGCUCAACUCACCGUUUCAUGCAAUUUACAUCCAGUCCCUGGCGCUACUGUCGCCAUAUCGGUCGCUUGGCUUGGCUGCCGCUGCUCUCGAACACAUUGUCACGAGCGCCACUAUCCUUCCCGCGGCUGGGUUGAACAUUGAUGUCCGCACAAUUUAUGCGCACGUGUGGACCGAAAACGAGGAUGGGCUCAAGUGGUAUCAGGCCCGGCGGUUUGCGCCCGAAGGUCGGGAGCCCCUGAAGGGGUACUACUUCAAGUUGCGACCCGAUACGGCGUGGGUUGUGCGACGUGAUAUAGGCCCGGGAGCUCAGCCACUACCACAGGUGGCAUACUCGGGGUCAUCGUUGCCGUCGUCCGGAGUGCAGGCCCCGGGGGGAAGUUAUGGCAGCACGGUGGCGGAGGCGGUGAACCUGCCACCGCCCGUCCGGCCCUCGGCAGCAGUCACACCGUCAUCCUUAUCGGGCUCGUCUUUCUCCUUUCAGAAUUCGCGACCUGAUGUGGAAUGGAACGACCUCCCUGCAGACAUGGUUGCAGCUGCAUCGGCGUCCAACGGGCCUGGACGGAGUAAAUUCUCACCGCCAAGUGCACCUGCCUCUGGAGCGAGCUCUCGCAGCAGCUCCACCGCGCGCAAGAAGAAGGAACGAGCUUACCCGUCCGCGGCAUUUGGGAAUUAA